CCUGUCAGGCAGGAGCAGCAGUUUGUCAGUCAGUCAUUCAGUCACAGCACAGAGAGGAGGAGGAGGAGGAAGAAGACAGCGUCAACAGGCUCCAGAGUUCCAGAGACACAGUGAGGACGUCCCUGCUUCUGUGGACAAGACAGAAGACAACGUCACUGCAAACCAGCCGGGUUCGGAGUGCGAGGAGAAUCCCGGACUGUGGCGUUUGGCCGUUUGGAGCAAGGAGCUGACCUUUGAACUCCAGCAGCUGCAGAGACGCACAGAGCAGGAGCUCUGCAACAUAAACACACAACUCCUACAAAUUGAAGGUCGUCGUCAGCUGCUAAACUCUGAGCUCUUACAUCUUCACAAGAAGAAGAAGCAGAACGAGGAGGAACUGAGGAGAAGCUCCAGCCUUCAGAGCACCACUGCCUCCAUCACCGAGUGUUUGGUCCAGUCUGAGGGGCUGGUGUUCCAGGAGGAGGCACUGUGCACACUCUGUGACCUGCUGAGCCAAGACCUGCAGAGGUACCAGGAGGAGAUAAAGAGACUGACCCAAUUCACACAGAGAGUUCUCCAACCAUCCCACCGGUCAGAGGGAGAGGACGCCUUCACUCACAGACGUGGUGACCAAAGCAUGCAGGGAAAGAACGAGACGGGACACAACAAUAACAUGACCACCAACAAGGAAGAGGCUGAGCAGUUUUGGAAAGCCACUUAUAUGAAACCGUCCACAGGCUUGUCCCGUAGCUCGAACCUCCGCCGAGCCGGUAGCAUCAAAGACCUGAUUAACAAAUACUCUGGUUCGGAGUAUGUCUCUUCUUACGGGACUCUUCAAAGUCCUACGUCUGGAGUGGGACGGAGCCCUAGGUGGGUCUCCAUGGAGGCCCUCCACUCUACAAAGUCCAGCACAUCAAGCAAAGUCGAUGGUCCGAUUCCCUCCAUCAAAGUGAUUCCUCCACUCAAAGAAACCACUGCGAGAGAUGCCAAAGCUACUCAGAUCACUGCGAGAAUGGAUUGUUCAGUAGAAGACCACGUUGAAAGCGUGGACCCCCUACCAAGGAACAAAGCUCAAACCAUAGUGGACUCUGGUAGAGACUCCAUGGCCGACUCUGGAAUGGGAUCGGAGUCUGAAUUUGAGCUGAACAAGCAGCCUGACAGCCCGACAGAGGAGGAGCCGUCCACACCCAGAGUCACGUCCGCCAGCCAGAACCCCAAAUAUCAGCUGUACCUCAACAACGACUUGAGGACCAAUGACCUGAAGACCAACGGACUGAGUGGCGGCAAGGACACGGAUGCUCCGGGAGCCGGCGGGUCAGCGGGGGAGAACGGUCCCAGACUGGCCCCGUGGGAGACGACCCGGCUGGGGACAAACCAGUACAGAGGCUCCCUGGAGUCCCUGACCUCACGGGACUGGGACACGAUGUCUGACAGGCUGGGUGUCGUUGACAGUCCUCCCCGAGUGUUCAACAGUCCGUAUACUACGACCACUUCCAUGGAUUAUAAUCCCGUGUAUCGAAUGUCAGAGUACAAGGUGCAGAGUGGACUGUCUCCUGCCACCUCAGAGAUGAACCUGUACAGCAUGAACAACCGCAGCACGAGUCCAGUGGGCAUCAACACCUCGGCCAACCUGUCCAUGCAACGCUCACGGUUCUCCACCUACGACACUCUGAGGAGGAGGCCAGAGGUCAACAUCCCUCAGGUGGUGUCCACACAUUACAGCUUACGCUCCGCCACUAUGGGUGCGCCCAACAAAAAGGACUACAUCGAGGAACUAACCAAACAGCUGGACGCCUGUCAGAAGCGAAACCAGUUCCUCGAGGCAGAGAGUGUGGAGAUGGAGAAGGAGAGAAACCAGAUCAGGUUUGAGAUGCGCGGUCUCCUGGUGAACAACGAGGACCUUCUGAGGACAAACGCUCAACUGUCCAACGAGAUGAAGAAGAUGAGGGAGCAGAUGUUAGAGAUGGAGAGAGAGAACCAGCUGAUGGGCGAGAAGUACAGAGAGAUGGAGGUGGAGGUGAGACAGGCACGGGACAUUAUGGUGGAGGCCAACACUCAGGAGUAUGCCUUCAACUUCCUGCAGCAGUCGCUGAAAAACAAGAUCCAGGAUGCUGAGGAAAACCUGGAGAAGCAGACGCAGCACGCUCAGACUCUGGGUGAGAAGUUGUGGCUGGCAGAGCGACAACUGGAGGAGUUUGAGGUGGACAAAGAAACCAAAGACAAGAAGACGUCUGAGCUCAACAGCACCAUCAUCAGGCUGGAGACAGAGCUCAGCGAGGUCGUGCAGGUGUCCACGCAGGCCGUGGCGGAGAUGAACCUGCAGAAGAAGCUGCGUGACGACGCCCACCUGAGGGUGGAGGAGCUGGAGGAGGCUCUGCUGGAGAAGGACCAGGAGGUGCAGAAGCUGCAGAUCCUUGUCAACAGACUGCAGGGAGAGGUCUCUGGUAAGCUGAUCGACAAGGAGCAGACUCUGGAGGAGGAGAUCCAGCUCAGAGAGAGACUCCAGCUGCAGUGUAAGCAGGCGGAGAGGACGGUGGACGACCUGCACAUGGAGCUGCAGGGCGUGAACCAGGCCAGAGACGACCUGUCCAAACAACUCAAACAGGCUCAGGAGAAGAUGAUCGACCUGGAGAGCGAUCUGGAGGAGCUGCAUGACAGCGAGCAGCGAUGGGCCGCCAAACACAAGAGAACCAUCGAGCAGACGGAGCAGCUACAGCUGAAGCUGAUUCAGGAAAAGGAUCUAAACGAUCAGCUUGAAACUGAUAAGGUUGUGAUGGAGAGACAGUUGCGCGAGCUGCGUCUGGAGGUGGACGAGCUGCAGAGCUCCAGAGUUCAGGAGGACGUCAUCUCCAGGGCCGAGAGCAGAGUCAAAGAGCUGGAGAACUUCCUGAGGACUGAGGAGCGGAACAAGGCUGUCCUCACUAACACCAUCAGUAAACUGGAGAGGAGAAUCAACGAGCUGAGUGAUCAGAUGGAGGAGGAGCACAGAAUAUCCACUGAGCAAAAAGAUCUGAUGAACCAGAGGAUCCGCUCCCUCAAGCGUCAGCUGAACGAGACAGAGGAGGAGGCGAGCAGGAAGGAUGCGCAGUAUCGUCACACCCAGAGAGAACUGACCGAGGAGAGGGAGACCAGCAGCCGCCUGCAGAGGCAACUGCUCGACCAGCACCUGCAGUCAAAACGUAAGGAAGCUCUGACCAUUCGUCAGACUCUUGAUAACCUGAGGCUGGACCUGAGCGUCGACGAUGAAGAUGAAGAACAGCAGCAGCAGCAGCAGCUGCCGCCGUCUCAGGAGCAGACAGAAAAUGUCUCCAAAGUGUGAACCUGUAACACUCACUCACUCACUCACUCAGUAAAACAUAAAUCUGUGUAUAUAAAUGUCUAAUUUUAAUAGACUCUCAGCCCAUGUGACGGCACACAAAAUUAUACCAGGAUUUAUUAUUUUUCUGUUGUGUUUUGUUCACCAAUAAUAAUUAUUGAUAAUAAUACAUUACAAAGCUAAUUUGGUAAUAGAGUAAAAUAAGUUUUUAUCAAAUUUCUGUGUAAAUUCAUCAGAAUUUUAUUACCAAUUCUCCAUAAAUGUUCAUUAUUUAUCGCCCUCUCCUGGUGGUCGACAGGAAAUACAACACUAAGCCAUUUUAUUUCCAUUGGAUACACUUUUGAUACAAAAAACACUUUCAUAUAAAGUGUUGCUUUCAAUUUGUUUGUUUUUUUUGGCCACAAGGAUGGUGUUUGGUUUUUUUUCACGUACGAUUCUAUUCUGUUUUCAAAACCAGUAUUUAUCGGACUCAGCGUACAUACUGCUAUGGAUUUUUGAGUGACCAAACGGGAAUCUCUUUAAAAACCAAAACAUAUCAACAUGAAGCAGAGAGAAACUAAAUACGACUAGCUUUAUUGUCACAGCCACCAUUUAACAAUAAAGUCAAAUGUAGAAUAAAAAAAAAUGAAUGUUCUGAAAAAUUUACAUUUGCAAAAACAUGAAAACCUGUUUUCUUUGACAAAUCAUCAUUUCCUCAUAAUUUGCUCCAAUUCUGCUUCUGUUUUUCUUUGCCGUCACUUCUUUUCACACCAAUAAUAAUUCAUACGUCAUUUUAAAAAAAAAGUGUUUAGUUUAACAUGUGUAACACAUUUAUAUGCAGUAUUUUUUGAACGUAUCCCACGCAGGCUGUUGACAUAUCACAGGGUAAGAUGAUAACACGAAAAACAGAAGAACCACGAUUGUGGUUUCUUUCUUUAAUCACACGCAGAAACAAUUCAGAUUAAGAGAUUAUUUAUGUUGAAUUCUUGCGUUUAUUUUUGUUGUUGAUCUGAAUGUGCAGUUGCUUGUUGGGGGCAGAGGAUAAUUUUUUAAAGAAUGAAAUGAUGCGUACGUGUGUUGUUCAUCAGGUAUUUAAGGGGGUUUUGCUGCUGUAUCUCUGGGCCUCCCUCAUACGUGAGAUUUAAGGGAUGAGAAUUAUUUAGAAGAUGAAGAAAAUCACAAUAGCCAUCAAUAAUGUGUGUUUGUGUCUCCCGAGUUGGUUGUAUUGUAAUCUGGAUUCACACAAAGGCGCGUUGAACACAUUUAGGGUGUACAGUAAUAGGUUUACUACAAAUACAGUUUUUUAAAACAAGUUUAAGCGCUGGUAUGAAAUGUUGAAACGCCUCGUUUUCAUGGGUUUUCUUUUGUGUCCCCCAGUAUUCAAUUCACAUUAAGAAGCAUUAAGAUGCUUCUCAAAGUUGAAAUUCCUCCCAAGUCCGGUCCGACAGAGAAAAAGCAAGAUUAAUUUCCCACACAGUUUAGUUUGCUAACACGUAAAUGGAAAAACAAAACUAGCAAGCUAGGUUAGCAUCAGUUCUGCUCUUGAAAUGUAAAGAUAUGGUGUUACAGAAACAACAACGUGUCUUUUGGUAGAAAAAAAGGUAAAAGUGUACCAUGAAUUUAAACCAUGAUGUUUUGUUUGUUUUGUGUAUUUUAUGUCAUUUAUUGCAGUUAGCUAGCAACAGCAGCAGCAGCAGCUAACAGCCUCUUUACAGCUUAGCAGUAGCAUAGCAGUUUCCAGCUAAGUAUUAACGUCAACUCAUGCUAGACUUUAUGCGUUCUACUUUAUUUUAGUUCAAUAUAUUUUCAAUUAUGACAAUUUAAAUAUUAAAAAAAAGUAUAUUGAGCUGUUGCUUCAGCUCUGUUGUCACUUUUAAAAUGCAGGGUUUUUUUCAACAACAUUUUAUGGAAAUGUAUUUUUUGGGGGUUUAAUUGUUUUCUUUAUGAAAAGUUUUGUGUUUGACUAACAAGUUUAUGUUUAAUUAUACAGCUUAACACUUAAUCAACAACACCAAACAAUGGAAUUGAUGCACAUAGCUUCCUAGUUAUCCUUGCUAACUUCCUGUGGUGCACAGUCUGGAAUCUAAGGCAAAUUCUCGACUUUAAGGGAGAAGUUUAACAAAAUUACGGACACAGACCUUUGUGGAAACAAAGGUAAAAUAAAAUAAUGUGUGGGUGAAAAUCAGGCUGUUUCACUGGUUUAAUUGAUCAGGAUUUUCGUGCUGUUUCAACAGCAGCACCUGAACUUUAUUUUUAAACAUUUAUUAGAAAGAUGAAGCUAUUAUUCUUAUUUUUCUGAUACUCUGGAUUCUUAUGUUUACAUCAGUUCAUGUAUUUGUGUUGUUUUUUGGAAAUCAUGAGUUUUCUCUAUGAAAAAUAUUCAUAUUUCAGCUGUGUGGGAAAUCUUUACUACACAAUGUCACUAUAGUUUUAACACACACACAAACACACACACACACACACAUGUACAAAGAAAUGAAAAAUACAAACACUUAUUUUUGUAACUUACACACUCCGUCACAUUCUACUGGUUCUGCUGUUCCUGGGUAUUUAUUUUUAUGUUUCAUAUUCUCUCUCUUUUGGUGAGAAGUUUCUUAAAAACAAUAUGCAAAUAAAUUCUCCACUGUGAUAAUAUUAUAAAA